AUGAGAUAUAUUAUUAGCGUACUCAGACAAACAUCAUCAAUCAGAAAGAAAUUAACUCAAAAAGUUCUUACACAAAUUAUUAACCAAGUUUUCUCUCAUGCAAACUAUACAACUAAAAAGAACUUUUUAUUAUCAUUCUUAAAAUCAAAUGAAAGUAUGGAUGUUGACUCAUCAAAAGAAACAACAGUUACACCACAAUCACACUUAAAUGUCGAAGUUGAAGGUUAUGUUUAUCUUUUAGUUUUAAUUCAUUUAAUUGAUCAAGAAAAAUAUGAAGAUUCAACCAAGGUUUCAAGUGCCCUUAUUGAAACUAUUCAAUCAAAUAACAGAGUUACUUUAUAUCCAUUAUCAUCAAAGAUUUUCUUUUAUUAUAGUUUAUCAUUUGAAAUGGUUAAUAAACUUCAAGAUGUUAGACCAACUUUAUUAACUGCACUUCGUACAGCAACUUUAAGACACAAUGAUGAAGGUCAAGCUACCAUUAUUAAUUUAAUUUUAAGAAAUUAUUUAGAAUAUAAUCUUUAUGAACAAGCUGAUAAAUUAUUAAGUAAUACUCAAUUCCCAGAAUCAGCUUCAAGUAAUCAAUUUGCCAGAUACUAUUAUUAUCAAGGUAGAAUCAAGGCUAUUCAAUUGGAUUACUCUUCAGCCUUUAACUUUUUAACUCAAGCAAUUAGAAAAGCACCACAAAAUAGUGCUGGUGGUUUCCGUAGAACUGUAUAUAAAUUACUCUCAAUCGUUCAAUUAUUAAUGGGUGAAAUUCCAGAAAGAAGUAUUUUCUCACAAAAACAAUUAAAAGUUGCCUUAAAACCAUACUUCCAUUUAACUCAAGCUGUUAGAGUUGGUGAUUUAAAUUCCUUCAGUCAAACUCUUGAACAAUAUGCCAGCAACUUUAAAUCAGAUCACACUUAUACCCUCGUCCAAAGAUUACGUACUAAUGUAAUCAAAACUGGUCUUAAAAAAAUUAACUCUGCCUAUUCCAGAAUUUCAUUCCAAGAUAUUUGUAAAAAAUUAAAGUUUGAUGGUACUACCCAAGAUAUUAUGUUUAUUAUUGCAAAGACUAUUAAAGAUGGUGUUAUUGAUGCUACCAUUAAUUAUGAAGGUGGUUAUCUUCAAUCAAGAGAAACUGUUGAUGCCUAUUCAACCCAAGAACCAUUAAACGCUUUCUCAAACAGAAUCGAUAUUUGUUUAAAGAUCCACAACGACUCUCUUAAAGCCAUGAGAUUCCACCCAGAUUUAAAUAAAGCUGAAACCGAAAAAAUUGCUGAAGUUGCUAAAACCAUCAAACAAGAAAUGGAAAGAGCAGCUGAAGAAAGUUCAGAUAAUGAAGCUGACCCAGAUUUUUAAAUAAUUUAAAUUACAGAUAAAGGGAAGG